AUGGCGAGCGGUAAAAAGAGCGCUCCUCUGUCCUCUUUGGCCGCUUAUGGAGAGUCUGAACCCGACUCAGACUCAGACUCGGAUGCUUCAGAGAGCAGAGGAGCAUGUCUGGUCUACGGCUACGGAGAGGACGACCUGAGCAAGACCGAAGAUGCAGGAGAGAAGACGUUUGCAGAGGAAGAAAGUGGAGGAAGCAUCUCGGAGAUGGAAGAAUCUGACGAGGGGAGGGACGCAAAUGAUGUGGAGGUGACGGAAGCAGAAACCAGGGAUCCCCGUGAACUUGUCGAGGAAGGGGACAGUCGUCACUAG